UCCAAGGGUGCAGCUCUGUCCCAUCUGGGUGGCUGGUCGCUCAGUUCCUGCCACAGAAGGCCAGUUUGUAUACAGAGCAUUUCUUCAAUUCUGAAGUUGAUGUUCUUUCCUAAUUCUUGGAGGCUAAGUGGGCAUUUAUAACUAGAGGUGGAGCCCACUUGGGGUCCAGGCUUCUGCUGGUAUCCUCUUUACCUUCUGUUUCUUAGAGCCGUGUUUCCCAAACCCCAAUCUUUUUUUUUUUUUCACUACCCCUACAAUUUUUGCUAUGUCUGUGUAUCACUAAAGCUAUUCUUUAAUUAACAAAUAAGCUUAUUUCCCCACCACCCUAAGGCUUAUUAAGUUUCCAUCUUACUGCAGCCAAUUAAGCCGACUGUGCUCUUUUCCCAUGGGGCCCGGUGUGGUGUGCCUGCAAACAGCAGCCUCCUUGGUGGUCUAUACAGCCUGUUGAUUGUAUGGGUUGCCCUAAGGGACCUCGGAGACAGCUUUUUCUGGUGGACAUUGAAGUUUGGCCUCACGCUUUCUCCAGUCUAGGCUCCAGACAGGCAUGCGGGGUGCCUUUGGAAAGCCCCAGGGCACAGUGGCCAGGGUCCGCAUUGGCCAAGUCAUCAUGUCCAUCCAUACCAAGUUGCAGAACAAAGAGCAUGUGAUUGAGGCCCUACACAAGGCCAAGUUCAAGUUCCCUGGCCACCAGAAGAUACACAUUUCCAAGAAGUGGGGCUUUACUGAGUUUAAUGCAGACGAAUUUGAAGACAUGGUGGCAGAAAAGCAGCUCAUCCCAGAUGGCUAUGGGGUCAAAUACAUCCCUAAUCGUGGCCCCUUGGACAAAUGGUGGGCUCUGCACUCAUGAGAAUCUCAGCACUACCCCUCCCUAUUUAUGCCCACCAAUAAAUCCUGCUUCCU